CGCUGCGAUCGGUUCAGUUUCAGUUCGGUCGCGAGUUUAGGAGGUAGUGCGAGACGAUCGCAGUCGGCGGUGCACGUGUUGAUACACGGUGGUAAUAAUAAGAAUGCACAUUAUCGAAUAACAUUCGAAUGGAUAAAUAACAUGACUGCUUGCGACUGGAUGUGUUUGUGAGGAUUUUGCAAAAUUGUGUUCAAAGUGGGGGCCAGUAGUUGCCAUGAUUAUAUCAAAAGAUCUGUUUCUGCUGGGAGACCAAGACUACUUGAGACUCCCCAAUAAGGACGAGAAAAGGCCAACUAUGAUAAGACCUGCCGUUAAACCGCAAAGGGUAGAUACAGCAACAGUUCACUUUCCAUGUCUUAUAACCGACCACCGUCCACUCCCGCUCCAUUUGGCCUUUCGCGGCCUCACCGUGAGCGCCGGUUCUCGUCAGAUCCUCCAAGAUGUGGAUGGCUUGGUCCGUCCUGGCCAGAUCCUAGCCGUCAUGGGCCCCUCCGGAUGCGGCAAAACCACUCUCCUGAAUUGUUUAAGUGGACGCUUGAAACUAGAUUCUGGUCAAAUUUUCUUCAACCGAGAUCUACUGUGCAAGAGAUGGAAGAGAAAAAUCUGUUACGUACUCCAACAAGACAUUUUUUUCCCCGAUUUGACUCUGCGACAGACUUUGGAGUACACCGCAAGACUGAGAUUACCAGACACGAUGAGCCACUCCCAAAAAAUGCAAUACGUUGACCACAUUAUCGACGUUUUGGAGCUACAACACUGCCAAGAUACCAUUAUUGGGGAUUACAUCAAACGGGGGUUGAGCGGGGGAGAGAAGAAACGGGCGAAUAUCGCCUGUGAGUUGCUUACGAACCCUUCCUUGAUGCUUUUAGAUGAACCUACGUCGGGGUUAGAUUCGCAUGCAGCGCAUAGUCUGAUGACCACAUUGAAGAGGUACGCGGUCACAGAGGGCAAAACUGUGGUUAUUACCCUUCACCAACCCUCGUCCCAGAUUUUCCAUCUAUGUGAUAAGUUGUUGCUUCUAUGUAACGGACAAACGGCGUACUUCGGUGAUACCUGCAAGGUAGUGGACUUUUUUAGCAACAUUGGACUGAAUAUCAUGCCACAUUACAAUCCAGCCGAUUUUAUAUUGGAACAAAUAAAAGGAUCAAAUGAAGUGAGGCAAAGGAUAAUAUCAGCAGCGCGGGAAGCUCGCAAGAACAAGGAUUACCCCAUUGAACUCCAAUCCGACUGUUCAUACAUCACCGAUAAAUACACGGAUCAUCACACGAAUAAAAUCCUCCCCCCGACGCAUGGUCCUUAUCCAAGUUUAGAACGUCAGUUUUACCCCACUUGGGUGUUUUCCAAUCUAAUAAUUUUGAUUUCAGAAGACACAAUCAAUUCGAUGGAGCCCGACGUGCGAAGACUAUGGCUCGACACUCAUUCCCACGCGUCCUCUUCGGUGAGUUCGGAAACCAGCGACGCGGAUUGCUACUUCUCGUGGCCUACCAGCUUCUGGACGCAGUUCAAAGUAUUGUCGCAGAGGAAUUUCCAAGAAGCGCGGCCUAGAAUGUUGUCGAAACUUAACUGGGUACAAACGAUAGGUUUAGGUUUACUCGCCGGCUUGCUCUGGUUUCAAUUGGAGCGAAGAGAGGAGGCUUUGCACGAUAUCCAAGGCUGGAUGUUCUUCUCGACGACGUAUUGGAUGCUGUUUGCGCAUUUCGGAGCACUCAGUUCCUUCCCCCCUGAACGGGAGGUCAUCAACAAAGAGAGACAAUCAGGCGCUUAUCGUCUAUCCGCGUAUUAUUUAGCUAAAAUGGUAGGAGAAUUACCUCUCACGAUUACUUUACCGGCGGUGUAUCACCUCAUCUCGUAUCCUAUGUUAGGUUUCCACUCACCUUUCGUGUUUCUCACCCUGUUGGGCUUUCUAUUGUUAAACACCAUAGUUGCACAAAGUGUGGGCUUCUUCAUUGGGGCCUGUUGCAUGGACAUGCAAGUUAGCAUCACGAUCAGCGCCCUCUACACGCUGGCAACACAACUUUUCGGAGGUUACCUUGCCACUAACAUACCAGUCUGGCUGACUUGGAUGAAGUACAUGUCGAUGGUGCAUUAUGCGUACCAGAAUAUGCAAAUCGUCGAAUUUAGCGAAGGACUGCCUAUUUUAUGUGCACAUCAGUCCAAGUUUACGGUUUGCACCGAGUCAGACCAUAUCCCAGUGUCAGCCAUAUUGGAGGCUCAGGGAUCGUAUCUUCCUCUAUGGGCCAACACUUUUGUCUUACUAGCCUUCUUGCUUGUCUUUCGUAUCUUAGGCUACAUCGUACUGCGUUACUUCAAAGCUCCCAAGUGACCCUAAAUUAAUUCUUGUAUCGUUCAAUUGUGAUAAAAAUACGAUAGAUAUUAGUCGUGGAGACGACGUAAAAUCAAAACUUGACGCAUUUUCCCGGAAUGCUGUUAAUAAAUUAAUGGACAGUUGGUAGUGACUGCGUUUAUGAACAGGCUGUGCUUCAUGUAACUCAUUCGUGUUACUUUUAUUAUAAGUUCUUAAUUUUAAUGGUUCAUUCCAACUUGUUUUUAGUAUAAAGAAUUUUCUGAUUUCACCCCCGCGUUCCCUCUCACCGCCUCUGUAGGGUUGAAAUGUUUGUGAUGAAUCUGGCUGUAAAAUUCUUUGUAAUAACGACAGGUUUUCGGCUUAUUAUUUUUAUUUAAAAGGAGGAAGUGUGAGUUUGCACAGUGCCUUGGUUUCUUUUCGUUUAAGUAUUCGAUGUGCCAAGUAUCGACAACCAGCUACGGCGACUGCCAGAUUUUCAAACCGUUCAUGUAUUAAAGAAGUGCACUGCGUUCUGCAAGGCGUGAUAACCGGUAAAAUGUUUUGUGUUGUGGUGCUUGAGGUGUCAUGCGAGUUACUGAGGCGGCUGUCUCUGAUUGCAUCACAUCUUACGGUUUACGGAAAUUUAUGAAAUCGAUGCGGUUGCAAAUUAUUGGUACUUAAUUCUCGACCAAAAUUUUUAUUUCUAAAAGCAAUAAGUUUUGUUUUUGGGUUUGUCACUGGUUAAGACUGGACUGUUUCAUAAAUUUCCAAAUACUCAAAUUACUGUAUAUUUUUGUUACGUUUUAUGAUUUAUUAUUACAUCACUACACAAAGGUAACUAUUGCAUUUUUAACUAUAUUUAAGUAUGUUUAUUGUUGUGUAAUUUAAGUUUUAACAAGCGAGACAUUACCUGAAAUGUAUGAUUACCAAUCAAGUGUUCAAACACUUAGUCAAAGUUGAUGCCCGAUUAAACGUCUUAUUAAGAUCACAUAGCUUUUGUAACCUGUACAGAUAUAAAUAUAUUUAUUAAAACAAAGAUCUUAAUACUGACUAGGGCUGUAAUAUAACCAUAUAAAUAAACUUUCUGCGAAUAUUUGCCUUUCUUACUUUUUUUAAAUUAAGUUAUUCUUUGUAUAUAAAUUUUAUUACUUUGGACCAAGUUAAGAACACACACACACAAAACUAAAUAUUCUAAUUAAAACAGUUGGCUUAUUAUUGUUACUAAACAAAUCAUUUUUAUAUACUAUAAAUAAUAAUAAUUUGUUUAAAGGUACUGUUGGCAGAAAUAUUUAUUCAAAUUUAAUAUAAUACUUGUUAGCUAAAACAAAACUUUAAAAGACCAAAUUCUAACUGCCAUUUUCUCAAAAUUAUGCCAAGCUGUUGUUGAACAUUUGAAAUGUUGGAAAGACUAAUAAUAUCAAAUGUUAUUCAUAUCAUAUGAUGCUAUUGUUUAAUAUUAUUCUCAUACGUCUAUACUUCCACGUAUAUGUAUAAUUGUACAAAGACAGACUCCUUGUAUCUACGUUAUAGCUAGUCCUAGCCUCUCAUUUAACUAGGAACUAUUUAUAUAAAUCAAUAAAGAGUUUAUUAAUAUGA